AUGUUUAAUCAAAUGAUAAAUUUAUGGGAGGAAAAAACAAAAGCGAUCAAAUCUUUCGUGGGAGAUUCGUAUUAUUAUCCUUUUACGAAUCCUAUAAUAAAUGAGAAAGUGGAAGAUAGAAUCUGUGGUUGGGGACCAAGUUUAGAAUUUUACUUAAACAAAGACAUACAUCUUGCCAAAAAGAAAUCAGAUCUCGUAGAUUACUUUAGAAAAAACUAUGAUACGGCAUUUUCUUAUCUUCGAAGAUAUCAGAGCAUUCGCGAAUUUUACGCCGACGAUAUUUUGGUAAAGAACAAAGAUAUCGAGAAUGAACGGGGUGAGUCUAUUAGAAACUUGUAA